AUGGAUCUCCGUCUGACGCAUCAGACAAAAAUACCAAGAGCUUUGCGUAGAGCUUUAGCAACGUCCUCUUCUGAUGUUGUAUUCGAUAAAACAACCAUUGUUUCAGUUGCUCAGGACAAGUUCCUAUUGAAUGACAGUAAUAAAGUUAGACUCAUCGACAUGCUGAAGGUUCACCUGGAGAAGAACAAAAUUCUAAUAUUACAGGCAGAGAAAGAUGCUGAUAGGUUAAUAGUAACCACAGCCAUUUUGAUAUCCUUCUACGUAGUAGUGAAGAUGGUCGGCGAGGAUAUAGAUUUGUUAGUCUUACUUUGUGGUUUGUCACGAGAUGGACGAGAACACAUCCUUCCAACAAACAGACUAAAUAACAAUAUUAUAUUUGUAAAAUGUGGGAGAGGACAACCCAGAUGUCACUUACUCGACAAAUUCCUUUACACAAUUAUCACAACCAGGAGUAGCACUGUUCCUUCACGCGUUUAG